AUGGGAGGCGAUGGCCCAGAAGAGCGAACAAUCGAUUUGCUUCCAAGUUUUUCUGAAAUACGAGCAGCGGACAUACCUAGAGAUAUACUCUAUGAAGACAAAGAUUCAGAAAUCCCAGCAAUGUUGUAUAAAAUGGGACAAAUGUUACCACGAGCAGCUGCUGUUGCUUCAAGCUCGUGGGUACAAAUAGACCCUGAUGUGGUGAAUCAGCUCCAUUCAAGGCUUCAUAAUUUUCUUGAAGUUGGUCCCUUAGUGUUGACAUCUCCAAUUCCUUCUAUGUCCUUCUUCGAUGAUCAAUCCCUGAACAGGAGGACAGUAGAGGCAGUAUGGAGGAUUGGGGUUGGAAUUGACGGUGGGAUGAUAACUAAAGAUGGGUUAAGCAAAGCUAUAAAACUUAUUUUGUCAACUGAAGAAGGGGAACAAAUGCGAAAGAACAUUGAACACCUCCAAGAUCUUGCUUUGGAUGCAGUGUCAAAUGGUAGCUCUACGAAAAAUUUCGAAACUCUGCUAGAGGUUGUCACCAAGUAA